AUGGCCGUCAUCGCCUUCUCCAAACUCUUGUCUCUCGCCGCAGUCGUCACCGUCGCCAGAGCACAGUACUGGAUCUUUGGCGGUACUCCGCCCAUCGUGACGACGCGCCUUGACCCAGUCGUCUCCCCCAACUCGAUUGGAGGCCACGUUCACUCAGUCGUCGGUGCUAGUCGCUUCAAGGAGGUCUACGACCCGGACGACCUCGUCCAGAGCAACUGCACCACGAUCCCCGUCCAGCCCGACAAAAGCAACUAUUGGGCUCCUCAGCUAUAUCAUCGGGACCAGCAGACUGGUCAGCUUACACCCAUCCCCACCAGCUUCAAUAUCUAUUACUUGCAGCGUCCUGGCCCUCUCAACCAACCUAUCAAAGCUUUCCCUAAGGGGUUGCGGAUGCUUGCUGGAGACACUGAAAGGCGGUCCUACAAUGCGUCCAGCUUCGCCGACCAAGCCAUAAGUUUUGUCUGCCAAGACUUCAGUGGGGCUCACGACAAUGAUCCUGAUUGGGCGGAGCGGCCGGACUUCUUCGACCACAACUGCCCGGACGGCAUGCGGGCCGAAGUCUUUUUCCCUUCCUGCUGGGACGGCGUCAACCUCGACUCGUCGGAUCACAAGUCACACCUCUCCUACCCCAUUCAGAAUUUCAACAGUGGAGACUGUCCCGACAGUCACCCUGUCCACCUCGUCUCCCUCUUCUAUGAGAUGCUCGUCCAAGUCGACCAGUUCGACUACUGGGGCCCCGGGACCUGGGUUCUUGCGAACGGCGACACAAGCGGAUACGGCCAUCAUGGCGACUUCACGAACGGAUGGGACGUCGACCUUCUCCAGAACGCUCUCGACAAUUGCCCCAACGCUAAUGGCAACGUCAUGGACUGCCCCGUCCUCGCCGCGGUAUUCGAUCAGGCAUCCGCGUCCGCUUGCGUCCUUGAGACUGAUAUCGUCGACGAAGAGAUCGGCUUCAACGCGCCCCUUACAAUCCUACCUGGAUGCAACCCUCUGUGGAACGGCACCGUCGUGAAGCCGGCCUGCCCUGACCCGAAUGCGCCAACGCCCGCCCUCGUCCCCGCUCAGACACCCAUUCCUACAGGUUGGACGGAGCUCGGAUGCAUUGCUGAGGGCACGAGUGGCCGCGCGCUCACCGGCGCGUCGACGACGAGCCCGAACAUGACGCGCGCGGUGUGCGCUGGAUUCUGCGCGUCGCGGGGCUUCUCCCUUGCUGGUGCCGAGUAUUCUGACGAGUGCUACUGCGACAACGAGAUGCGCAACGGCGCGACCAUGGACCUUGUCACCUGGAACGAAUGCACGAACCAUUGCGCUGGGAACAUCAACGAGAUAUGUGGCGGACCUCAGCGGCUCACGUUCAUGAUCGCAUCGAACGUGGCGUCGUCUGCUACACCCUCUCCAGCUUGAGGUAGAGCAGCAGUGCUACAGCGAUCAACACAUUCAUCGACUCGGGUCGUGCCUGUGAGCGUAGGUGACGGUCGGGCGGGAACGAAUGUAUUUGGGAGUAGAUAGAGAAGUGCUAGUGGGACUGU